CGGCCGCGCUACACUGGCGACUCGUUGAUCCGGGGAAGAUGGCGGUGCCGUAGCCGCGGCGUUAGGUGGAGUGCAGGCCGCGGCCGUCCGCUCGGCUGGGAGCACAGGCCGUCCCGAAGCUGGUGACCGCCCUCUGUGUAUGACCUUGGCAGCCGGGCACCAUGGACCUGGCGUACGUCUGUGAGUGGGAGAAAUGGCCCAAGAGCACGCACUGCCCUUCGGUGCCCCUGGCCUGUGCCUGGUCCUGCCGCAACCUCAUCGCCUUUACCACGGAUCUCCGAAACGACGACCAGGACCUGACCCGCAUGAUCCACAUCCUGGAUACGGAGCACCCCUGGGACGUGCACUCCAUCAACUCGGAGCACAGCGAGGCCAUCACCUGCCUCGAGUGGGACCAGUCAGGCUCCCGGCUGCUGUCAGCCGAUGCUGAUGGGCAGAUCAAGUGCUGGACCAUGGCAGACCACCUGGCCAACAGCUGGGAGAGCCCAGUGGGCAGCCUGGUGGAGGGGGACCCCAUCGUGGCCUUGUCCUGGCUGCACAAUGGUGUGAAGCUGGCCCUGCACGUGGAAAAGUCGGCCGCCUCCAGCUUUGGCGAGAAGUUCUCUCGUGUCAAGUUUUCACCCUCGCUCACGCUGUUUGGGGGCAAGCCCAUGGAGGGCUGGAUUGCCGUGACGGUCAGUGGCCUGGUCACUGUGUCCCUGCUCAAGCCCAGCGGGCAGGUGCUGACCUCCACAGAGAGCCUGUGCCGGCUGCGUGGCCGUGUGGCCCUGGCUGACAUCGCCUUCACGGGCGGCGGCAACAUCGUGGUGGCCACAGCGGACGGCAGCAGCGCAUCCCCAGUACAGUUCUACAAGGUGUGCGUGAGCGUGGUUAGUGAGAAGUGCCGCAUCGACACUGAGAUCCUGCCCUCCCUCUUCAUGCGCUGCACCACUGACCUCAACCGCAGGGACCGCGUCCCCGCCAUCACCCACCUCAAGUUCCUGGCCCGCGACAUGUCGGAGCAGGUGCUGCUCUGCGCAUCCAGCCAGACGACCAGCGUGGUGGAGUGCUGGUCACUGCGGAAGGAGGGGCUGCCUGUGAACAACAUCUUCCAGCAGCUCUCGCCCGCGGUUGGUGACAAACAGCCCAUGAUUCUCAAAUGGCGGAUCCUGUCAGCCACCAACGACCUGGACCGUGUGUCCGCCGUGGCACUGCCCAAGCUGCCCAUCUCGCUCACCAACACUGACCUGAAGGUGGCCAGCGACACCCAGUUCUACCCCGGCCUGGGACUGGCCCUGGCCUUUCACGACGGCAGUGUCCACAUCGUGCACCGGCUCUCGCUGCAGUCCAUGGCCAUUUUCUACAGUUCUGCAGCCCCACGCUCCAUGGAUGAGCCAGCCAUCAAGCGUCCGCGGACCACAGGCCCCGCCGUCCAUUUCAAGGCCAUGCAGCUCUCCUGGACCUCCCUGGCCCUUGUGGGCAUCGACAACCACGGCCGACUGAGCAUGUUGCGCAUCUCGCCCUCCCUGGGCCACGCUCUGGACGUGGGACUGGCCCUGCGGCACCUGCUCUUCCUGCUGGAGUACUGCAUGGUGACCGGCUACGACUGGUGGGACAUCCUGUUGCACGUGCAGCCUGGCAUGGUGCAGAGCCUGGUGGAGAAGCUGCAUGAGGAGUACACACGCCAGAAGGCUGAGCUGCAGCAGGUCCUCUCCACCCGGAUCCUGGCCAUGAAAGCCUCACUCUGCAAGCUCUCACCCUGCACGGUGACACGGGUGUGCGACUACCAUGCCAAGCUCUUCCUUAUUGCCAUCAGCUCCACGCUCAAAUCGCUGCUGCGCCCUCAUGUCCUCAACACGCCCGACAAGAGUCCUGGUGACCGGCUGACCGAGAUCUGCACCAAGAUCACAGACGUUGACAUUGACAAGGUCAUGAUCAACCUCAAGACGGAAGAGUUUGUCCUGGACAUGAACACACUCCAGGCACUACAGCAGCUCCUGCAGUGGGUGGGAGACUUUGUGCUCUACCUGUUGGCCAGCCUGCCCAACCAGGGCUCCCCACUGCGACCAGGCCACAGCUUCCUGAGGGACGGCACCUCGCUGGGCAUGCUGCGUGAGCUGAUGGUCGUCAUCCGCAUCUGGGGCCUGCUGAAGCCCAGCUGCCUGCCUGUGUAUACGGCCACCUCAGACACCCAGGACAGCAUGUCCCUGCUUUUCCGCCUGCUCACGAAGCUCUGGAUCUGCUGCCGUGAUGAAGGCCCCACGAGUGAGCCAGAUGAGGCACUGGUGGAUGAGUGCUGUCUUCUGCCCAGCCAGCUGCUCAUCCCUAACCUUGACUGGCUGCCCGUCAGUGAUGGCCUCGUCAGCCGCCUGCAGCCCAAGCAGCCCCUGCGUCUGCAUUUCGGCAAGGCUCCCACUCUGCCUGGCAGCGCCACGACCUUGCAGCUGGAUGGCCUCAUCAGGGCGCCGGGCCAGCCCAAGAUGGACCACCUGAGGAGACUGCACCUGGGCGCCUACCCCACAGAGGAGUGCAAGGCCUGCACCAGGUGCGGCUGCGUCACCAUGCUCAAGUCGCCCAAUAAGACGACAGCUGUCAAACAGUGGGAGCAGCGCUGGAUCAAGAACUGCCUGUGUGGAGGGCUUUGGCGGCGACUGCCUCUCAGCUACCCCUGACCGGGGCCCAGCCCUGUGUUGUCUUUUGGUUGUUUAUGGUUUCCUUUGCUGUGCAAAAUGUAAGUGAGUUCCUGAUGGAUUUAAAGCUGGCCACGCUGUCCCCUCGCCAGUGGCAGAGCAGCUGCAUACUCUGGACCUUCAGCGGGUGCGUUAGACAACGCCACCUUGAACUGUGCUUUGGAAAUCUUUUCAGGCACAGUUAGUGCCCCGUGACCAACGGGGUAGGUGAGGACCCAACCUGAAGCCUCCAGUUGGUGUCCUCAGCCCAGCGGGCACUCCUCUUUCUUCCUCGGAGCCUAGUGGUGGAUCCCAGGGAUUCAGGAGGAGGGCCUGGCUGCAUGGCCACCAUGCCAACUGGUGACAAGACCUCUCUGCCCUGGGCAGAGCCACAGCUCCCAGACUGCCCCCCGGCGAGCCCAGUGACCUCUCUGGAUGCCUCCGGUCCCAGCUCGGAGGAUUCUGGACAGUCCAGGCCCUUGUCCUUUAGAAAGUCCCCCAUGAACCUCCUGGGCACAGUGACUGCUUGUUGGCAGUGACACCAGCCGAGCCCUGCCUCGGUCUCCUCAACUGUACCUGUCUGUGCUGUGUGCUUGUGUCCCGCGGUCUGUGGGCUGGGCAGGUCCAGCAAAUGUCCACACUGGAUUGCAGGUGUCUUCCCAGCAUCCAGGUGCCACCCCAGCAGCCCCCUCCUUUGGUGCCUCCCUCCCCCUCCCCAGGCUGUGGUUCUGCCCCUGCGUGUUGCUCUCUCACUCUGUCAGCACAUAUUGAGCACCUCGUGUAUGUGAGGCACAGGGGUUCCUGCGGGGCCAUGGACUGGAAGUGGCGGUGGACGUGCUCCCCCCACCUCCCAGCAUCUCUGUCUCUUUCUUCCCUGCCCUCCUCCUCCAGGAUUCUGGGAGCUCAGGCCUUGUCCCCAGGGGUCCUCCCUCUGCCUGAACCACUUGGACUGAUUAAGGCCGGCUCCCCGCAGGCCUUGAGGCUCAGUGCAGCCUGUUAAGUGGUAAUUGGUUCUUGUUUUCCUCCUGGAGGCUGGCAGGGGGCAGGCCAUGUGGGCGCUGUGUUGGGCUUUCAGGGCAUGGUGGUGCCCCGGGGGCCCCAUUACCUGGGUCGGGGGGCCUCGUUUGCCGCUUUCCCACCGCAAGUGUGCACUUGAUGGCCUUGGCAACUCUGUCCCCUCAGGGUGGCCUCCCCCAUGCAGGAGAGGAAGGAGAGCUCCGGGCGGCCCUCCCAGCCCUCCCUGACCUUCCCCUCGGUGCCACAGCCUGGAGGAGGCCUUUCUUCUGAGUCCUGCGUAUUUUUUUCUCAGCUUUUUACCUCAUUUGACCAUAUAUUUUUAAAGAAAUUUGCCUUUUUCAAGACACUCUGAAGUCUUUAAACUAGUUAAUUGUUUUAGGAAAAUGAGCUUGUUUCUUGCACUCAUAUUUGAUGGGCUUAAGGUUAAACUGAGGGUUUUACACCUGGCCACCACCUUUUGAUGGGUCCAUGUCCUCUCCCCCAGGGUCUGGGGACUGGCAGCUGUUGUGAUCUGUCCUGCGCAUAGAAGUGGCCCAUGUGACCCUGAGGCUGGUGGGGCCUGGCCUGGCUCCUGGGCCCUCAUCCUGGAGCCUCAGGUCACCUAGGUGGUGGAGUGAGGACGAGCCCUGUGCCCGUGUGACCCUGACACAGCCGAGCACAAUGAUGGGUGAACACCAAGUCUGGGGCGGUCUCUGAUGCAGCAGUGGUAACAGAACAUUCAGGAACUGUUAUGAUGAGCCCAGUGGGCAUAAAUGUGCCUGGCUGUCCAGGAGCAUCAGGCUCCUGGGGUGGGGUGGCACCUGCUGUGGGCCCUGCUGGAAUGUUCUUCUGGGCUGGGGGCGGGGUUUGUGGGUGAUGACAUUCCCUGUCCCCACCAUGUGUCCACACGGGUCCACAUGGUGUCAAUGACGCAAGUGGUGUUGUGACACAGGCAGUUCAUUCCAUUGAGCUGCAUGUCCCCUGGGCCCUCAGCCUCUCAGAGCCAGGGACAUGGGUACCUGUGGUAGAUGAGGAAGCCGAAGCCACCGUCCUCUGGAAACAGAAGCGGGAAGCAGCCCUUUACUCCCUAUGGCAGGUGGGGUCCCUUCUGCGGUGGUGGGGACAUAGCCACAGGCCACCCUCUCUGCACCCUGCAUUAGUCCUGCCCUCCCCUGUAGCUCAGGGUUGUCCCUUUGCCCCACCACAAGCACUGAGGGGAUUGCUAGAAGAGGCCCUGCAGUCGCAGGGUUCUCAAAGACCCCCGAUUUGUGGAAGGCAUCCAGCCUGUGUCUCCUGCCUGGAAGCCCCUGGAGCCUCCCCCUCUGCCUGUCUCACCCACUCCAACUGGUCCUGCACUCACCCUCCAGGCUGGGAGAGUCAAGCUCCAGCUCACCCACAGGGCCAGUCUCUUCAUCUGUACCCACUGCCAGGUAAAAUGCAGGGCACGAAGUUAAAUUUGAAUUUCAGGUGUACACUGAAUACAUUUCUAGAAUAAAUCUGUCCCCAAAAUUA